ACGACUUAAUAGUCUGCUUUGCUUGAAUUGUCGAAACUUGAUUGUGAUCAAUGCCACUUGGUUACACAACAAACAGUGUGGCGAUGCACACACUUUAGAGGAUAAAAGGAGGGGAGCGAUGCUCCUCAGUAGAGUCUGCUGUGGGUAGCGUACGGACGCCCAGCGAGUAUCGAAGCUCACUCUGCUGAGGAUGUUGGCUCUCCAUCCAACUGGCAUACGAUCAGCAGUACUCACCAUCUUGCUAGGAGCAGCUGAGAACAGUUUCAGUGAUGUUAAAACGCGCCUAAUGGAAUUGGCGACUUUGGGAGACUGGGGAGACGCAACACGCCCUCCCCAACCUGAACCAAAGAAUUAUAGAUCAGAAAAAGAGGAGAAAAAGACAAACUCAAAGUCAUCUGAAGGGGGAGGGAACCGACGGGAAAUGUGGAGGGCACUGAUAGCAGCGGGAGUCCCGGCAGACGAAAUUGACGGGCUACCCACUAGUGCCCUAGCCGCGAAAUGUAAACAACGCGGAUUGAAAGUAAACUGCUUGAGUAUGGGAACAAAUAAAAAAGAAAGAAAAUCAGACAUAGCACACCUAGCGACCCUCUUAAAAGAAAUGGUAUCGCCGGGAGUGCAGGCAACAGCCCCUCCCCUUGAAACUUACAGAGAGGAAGAGGAUGAGGAAGAAAGUACAGACUCAGAUGAAGACAUGCUGGUUGACGUAAGAGGCCCCAGCUAUGUCGCAGCAGUAAAGAAAGGGCGAGCAAAGCCUAAAAACACGAGAAAGAAUAAGGACAGGAAAUCACGAACUUUUAAUCUCCUCAACUAGGAUGAAGGCCAAACUCAGUCAACCAGCCAGAGUCAAAUCAUCCACCGUUGGUCAGUAGGGGAUAUCUGACCCCACGUCCAACUUGAAAUUUAUUGGAACAAUUCGGUACAAAAAGUAAUGGCACUGGUUGACACAGGAGCGGAGGCCUCAUUGAUUCAUGGAAACCCUGACAAAAUAAAGGGUGACAUAAUUCCUUUAAGGGGAUUGGGAGGACAAGUGGUGAAAGGAAAAGCAGUUGUCCUCCCAUUAAAAAUCGGAAAGAUGCCGAUACAAAAAUUUGAGGUUGUUGUGACACCUAUCCCAGAGUGGAUAGUUGGAAUGAACAUUCUGGCUGGAAUGACUUUGCAUUUGAAAAUGGGAAAAUUCCAAUUCGGAACAGUAACAGAAACUGAGAUAGGAACGAUUUUGGUAGGAAAGGUAAAAAUGACACCAUUUCCCAUACCUGAAGCCACAGAAACAGUCUCCCUUAAACAAUAUCGAAUUCCGGGGGGACAAGAAGAGAUCACUGCUACCAUCAAAGAAUAUUUGGAAGCAGGUGUGCUGAAGCCGGUGACCACAAAGUGGAACAACCCCUUGUGGCCGGUAAGGAAAUCAGACGAUACAUGGCGAAUGACCGUUGAUUACCGACAAUUGAACAACCGACCUGUGGGGUCAGGAGUGACUCCUUUGAUUCGAAUGAUUUCAAAUCAAGAACCUGUAAUGGUCACAGAAAGUAUUAAAAUGUGGAAAAUUGACCCAGAGGCUGAAAUUCCCGUCAGAGCCACGCCUGGCUCUGCCGGACUUGAUUUGCGAACUUUGGCACCUGAAACACUCCUCCCUCAUGAAAUUCAAAUUGUUAAAACAGGGUUGGGUCUGCAGUGCCCGAAAGGCACUUACGGUCACAUCCUUCCUCGGAGUGGCCUGUCACUGAAAGGCCUGACCAUCCAGGCAGGAGCGAUAGAUGCAGACUAUCAAGGAGAACUGGGAGUAGUGUGCAAACUACUCUCAGACCAACCCUUGGUUUUGGAAAAAAGGAGCUAAAAUAGCACAGAAAAGUGGGUAAAUGUACCCAUAAACAAAUGCUAUAUGCGAGAGAACUAAUCAUGUUUUUUUUGUUAUUUAGUGUUUAACCAAAUUUGUUACAGCUUGGAGAAUUAAUGCCUUGGUGGGAGUUGCUGAUCGGGAGACCUGCUAAAACCGGACGAGACCAUGGACCUCAUUGGGCGCCGCGACACUGGAGGUGUCGUCUGCUGGGUCAUCUGCCUCCUUGCCGUUGGUGCCAUGGUCCAGCCCUCCUGGGGGAUGACCGAGGGCUGAACCUGCAGGACAAGUCAAGAAGCUAGAU